AGUAAUAACUCCAAUACCGGUACCACUAAUAGCGCGAAAAAAGCCAAAAAUAUUGUCGCCAACAAUCUGUCGGCCGCUGUUAAGGACGACCACUCACUCAGGUUGGAAGCGGACAUAAAGCGCUUGAAAGCAGACCUACAGGCGUCCCGUCAGUGUGAGCUGGACCUCCGUUCCCAACUGAACGCCAUUGUCGUGGACGACAAGUCCGUGAAGAACGAGUUGUCACAACUACGACAGGACAAUGAGAACCUCCAGCAACGGCUCCACAAUCUGGUGACCGCUAAACAACACGACAAACAGACGAUCCAGAAGUUGGAGAAGAGCAUACCAAUGAGCAGCGAAUGGUCGGCAGAGGUCCAGAUGAAAGGCCAUAGGGAGACAGUGGGCAGACAUAUGCCCCGUUCCGUGUGCCACACGUAUUGCACCCACACCACGAAGAACACCGAAAACGCCUGUCCAUCGCAAACAUUAUCAUUAGUACAUGACAUUCGGGAACACCAGUUAGCUGUCGGUUAUCACAUCAGGAGUUUCAUUGAUGAGCACCGGGUGGUCAACUCGUGUGUAUAUCCCUAA